AUGUCCGAGGCGUCUGCUCGUGGAAAGGCUGUCGACAUGAGUGUAGGAACGAGCUUCAAUCCCGCUGAGAUUAGCACUGGCACGGAGAGUAGAGUGGCAAAGAAAGCGAGGAAACCAAAAUCAGUCACAAAUGGCGCUGAAGGGCCAAGCGACCUUGGGAUCGGUGCCGAAGCUCGGUUACCAAGCAAUCGAGACGCAUCGCAAACCCAGGCGGCGAAGGCGAG